ACGUAUCAAACUUCUGUAUCAGCACCGGUACCAGUACCAGCACCGCUAGCAGUCAUCACCGCUGCAGCCGCAACAGGAGGACCAUCGCAAUCAUACCCAGCUUCUCCAAACCAACUUCAGUAUCAGCAACAGCAUCAGCACCUGCAGGCAGGCGCUGUCUCUCCAGGGGUGACCUUCUCGGAUGAGCAGUAUGACUCUGACAUGGACGCGGAACUGCACCUGGGCCCUUCCCAUGAGACCCUGCACGAGGGCCAGGUCCUGAAGGCGGGAUACCUUUAUAAAAAGGGCGAGCGUAUUAAGAUCUGGAAGAAGAAAUGGUUCGUGUUAAGGACCUCGAAACUCGCUUAUUACAAGGACAGUAAAGAAUACGUCCUCCUUCGGAUCAUCGAUAUCCGGGACAUCCACAAGGCUGCGGAAGUCGUGGUCAAGAACCGGACGGGGGUCUUUGUGAUCCUGACCCCUCGCAGGACGUUCACGGUCCAGGCCGAGAGUGUGGCGGAAAUGGAGGAGUGGAUCGAGGCCAUCAACCAGGCCAAAGUUCAGUAUGAGCUCACGUCGUCGAGCUCGGACAUGGAUUUGUAUCCUGCAUCGGGAUCGAUGAAGCAUCCGGAACAUUCGCAUUCGACUUCUGCACCGUCUUCGUCAACAGCUGGAACAGGAGCUGGAACAGGAAGGAGGCAUGAAUUGGUGAAGCAGGGUUCGGGAACUUGUUUGCCCCGUCGUCAGCAUAACCCGAUGUCGCUUUCGGAUCCGGGAUUCUUGCUUGGAAGCAGUGUCGGUGAGGAUGAUAUCGGAGGUGAUCACACAGGAACAACGCGGAUAGCCAACAGCAACAAUUCCAACCACCCCAACAACAACAUCAUCAGCAACAAUAAUAAUAAUCAUAAUAAUAGUAAUAUCAACAACAACAACAACGAAGACAGCACCGGUCAUCAAGGAGGUAUGUCUGGAUUGUCACUGGUAAUGCAGAAUCAGUCAACGGGACAGACUCCGACCGCGAUCUCGUCAGCGACACAUAGUGGAGCAGAAUCGAACCGACAUCUGCAAUCGAACCGGACAGCGGAUGGGUUGUCGUUGGUCACGUCUGGAACACAGGCCAUCAGGAUCGGAUCGGCGCCGUCGCCACGGGAUGGAUACAAUAACUACGGAGGAGGAGGGGGAGGAGGAGAGUUCGUGUCGAACUCAUUCUCGUCGAACCACUCGUUUAAUACGUCGCCGGGAACACCGACACAGAAUUCGCCAGCGGCGGCGGGAUAUGGAUCCGGCGGGGAACAAUGCUGUGGAGGAGAGCAUAAUGUAUCAUCGGAGGAGGAGGACGUGAUCGAUGAUCCGACGGUGUUGGAGGCCGGACGGGUUGCGGCGGCGGCGAAUGCGCCGGGAUCGGGGCUAGUGACAGGCGAGCAGUUAGAAAGUAAGGUUGUGAGGCAAGGGUAUCUGCUGAAGCUGGGGAACAAGUAUAAGCGCUGGCGAAAGAAGUGGUUCGUCCUGAGGGGGGACAAAUUGACGUAUUACAAGAACGCCAAGGAAUAUCAACCGCUCGGGAUCAUCCCGCUGUCGACGAUCAUCGACAGUCUGCAGACGGACCCCGUAUCAAAGCACAAACAGUACUGUCUACGCAUCGUUACCAGCAAACGCAGCUUCGUCUGCUGUGCAUCCGACGAGGACACGCUUCUGCAAUGGAUCGACGCCCUCCAUGUGGAAUGUGCCCGGGUAGCAAGGGAGGCCAAGCGGGAGAAGGAAGGGACGGACCUGGACGACGCGCUACUGACGGAUCCUAGAGCCCUGGGCCGGACCGCGUAUAUGGACACCAAUGCCGGGGCAGUAGUCUCGCCCGGUGGAUCGUCAGCAGCGUUGGGAUCGAGUGCGCAAUCCGUGGGAUCACAACCGCUCAAACGGGCGUUGAACCUGGAUACGAGUACGGCGACGGCGAUGGCGACUGGAUCUCAACCGAUCACCUUCUCGACUUCUCCGGUCAGUCUACCCUCGGUUACCUUCCAGACUUCAGAACCGAUCCCUGCACGGAGUCCGCCAACUGUUACCUUCAGCGUCUAAAAUCGAUAUUUUGGGUACUUGACUCGAUUCGAGAAUUGUUAUUAUCCUGUCUUUUCUUUUUUUCGUUUUUUUCGUUUUUUUAUCCUUUGCCCUUUUUGUCGCCCUUUCAUACUUUCUUUCUUUCUUUUCUUCGCAAUCUUUUUUCUUGCUUUUUUUUUCUUGCUUUUUUUUUUUUCUUUUCAUGCCUUUUAUCUG